AGAGAAAGAGAAAAACUGGACAAAAUUUGGGACGAAGAGCUUAUUACAAGAAGCUGAUUAAGGGUUUAGGAAUUGGGAGCCUCUCAGCUGACUGCCGCCAGCCUGCAAACCAACCCCAUAACCCCCCUGCUUGGCGAAGUGGCUAACACCGGAACGAGCAAUCGUAACCCUAGCCCACAUUUAUUGGGUCUUCUCGCCUUGAAACCUCGGCAGGUCCUUCUUUCAUUGCAGCAGAAGCACCAACCGAGCUCGUCAAUGGCGGACCAACUCACCGCACAGCAGAAGCCUCUUCUUCUCCACUCUGUCAUCCAGUUUCUCCAUCGCAACGGCUUCUCCAAAACCAUCAAGCGCCUUCUUAAGGAAGCUCAGAUUCAGGAUGAUUGUUGGAAGAAUAGUUCAUGCGAUUUGGAAGAGGUGUUUUGCAAAUAUCUAGAUACUUGGAAUGGUGCCCAAACAAAAUCUGAAGGCCACAAGGAACAAGGCAAUGAAGGCCAUUUAACUCUAGCAUCUGAAGGAAAGCAAGAGUCUUUAGAAUAUUUGGCAGCUCAAAGUUGUGAUAAAAUUGUUGAAGAGGAUGCAGCUAAAAAGGACAAAAAGAAAAAAAACAAGUCAAGCAAGCUAGAUAUUGAAACUUGUGCAAAUGACUCUGUUAAAGAGAAUCCUGUGAUAGCAAAUGACAAAAGAGCUUCUCAGACAGUAGAAAAUGGUGAUACUCAUGUUAAGGAUUCGAAGAAAAGAAAAAGAAAAGGUUCUGAAGAAAAAGAGAACAAGCAACUUGAAGAAGAGCAUAUUGAAGAAACUAAACGAAGAAAGAUGGAAGAAGUCAAAGAUGCAAAGAACAUAAAGCAAAAAGGUAAAACAGAUACAUUCACUAGCAGUAAUGGACAUGGAGGACUAGGAAAUAACAAGCAGACAGACAAUGUUAGUCUUGAUGAUGAUAAAAAACAAAGUAGUGAAGUCCCAAAUGACAACUCUGUGAAUGAGCUGAAAAACUCUUCCCAAGAGAAGUCCACAAAAAAACAAAGAAAUGGUUCUUCCGAGCCUAAAAGUGUAAAUGCGUUCCAAAGAGUGAAAGCCGAUGAAGUGGAAUUUGUUGAUGACAGGCUUCGUGAUAAUUCUUAUUGGGCUAAGGAUGGAGCAGACUCUGGCUAUGGUGCCAAAGCUCAGGAAGUUCUCGGACAGGUCAAAGGAAGGGACUUUCGGCAUGAAAAGACCAAGAAAAAAAGAGGCAGUUACAGGGGAGGGCAGAUUGACCUUCAUUCCCACUCCAUUAAGUUCAACUAUUCUGAUGAGGACUGAAAGGGUGUGGGAGAGGUUCCCACAUCAAAUCCCCCCCGCAUGGGCCUUUCCACCGCCACAAUUUUUUAGCAUUAUGUUAUUAUUAUCAUUAUGAUUACAAUUUAUCAUGUUUUUAUGGAAGACAAGAAGAAUGGGUAUGGCUGGUGUGACAUCUCUAAAAGGGGUGUUUUUUGUUUUGUUUAAGUAAUUCUUGUUGUCGAGUCAAUUGUGAGUUCGAACUUGAGAUCCUUUUUAUAAAUGCAACACUGUUUUUUCGAGUAAAUUCUAUAACCCCUU